CGGAAGCUGCUUAGCCGUUUGUUUCAUGGUUUCACACGCCCCAUUUCUUGUCAGUUUCUGCUCUUUCAAUUCGAGGAAUGGCCUUUUCAUUACCGAACACACAAAGAUCUGAAGCUAGUUUCGAUGAAGUCAACUGGAUUUAUACAGACAAAGAUUUAACGCCGCUAAAACAAGAUCUAAUCCAAAUUUCGAAUGAUUCUCACUUGGGUUGUGUCAAUAUAAAGUCUCAUGGCCAAACCUUCAGAGUACACAGAGCUGUAUUGGUGGCAACCAGUCUUGUCUUUAGAUCAAUGCUGAGUUUGGGUUUUCAGGAAAUGCAAUCCAACGAAAUUGAUGUCACUCAUUGGUUUGGAGAUAUUGAAUCUGCUAAGGGAUUUUUUAACUACUUGUACACCGGGACCAUUGAGUUAAACGAGUCUAAUAUAAUAUUUAUGCUUCAAGUUUCUCGUAUGAUAUUUCUAGAACACUUAGAAUGCCAUUGUGAGCAAUAUCUCUUACAAAAACUAACUUUUGACAAUGUUUUAAGUACAACGGAAACCGCUUUAAAUUACGAACUGAAAGAUUUGAGUAAAAUUUGCUUUAAAUAUUUGAAAAACAUUGAAAAGUUGCUUCCAUAUAGUCACGAACUUCUUUCAUUGACUCGAAAACAAUUCAAGAACUUUCUGAGUUCCGAUGCAACGAAGAUAUUAAAACACGCUGUAGUUGCUCGCAUGAUCUCGCAUUGGAAUCAAACCCAUUACAGCGAAGUAAUACGUACGUUUCCAGAAGGCAACACUUCAGUUCAGAUGUGGAAAAGAGAAAAUCUUCCUGUGAAGAGAAAGAAAACUUUCAAGAAAAAACCUACUUCACUGAUCUGCUGCCCGAUUAAAACUGGGUCAGUCAGGAUACAAUGGACAAUUUUGAUACAGGAAUCUUCGGGCAAAACAGCUCUAUUUUCUCCUCAAAAUAACAGCUGGGGAAUAUUUAAACUUCCGGCCAUGAAAAGAAGUAAAUUGAUUGGUUUAUUUGAAGAUCAUAUACUUGCUUAUGUUGACAAAAACCGUGUCGUCUGUAUAAACAUAACGAAUAAUGAACACAAAAUCAGUUUUAUUAAUGAUAAACGAAAUAUCAGAAACAGAACAAGCAAAGUCCUUCCUUCUCGUUUCUUCUGUUUCGUCAAUUAUCUCUAUAGCAUCAGCCCAAUCCAAUCGUACGGAUUCAUUAUUGGUUGGGGUAUUUAUCGAUACAGUUUCCGAUAUAAUCACUGGAUAGUAAUAUUUGAUAUUUUCAUCGGUGAUUCCAAAGAGUUUUCUGUUAAUAUCUUUGAUCGAACAGACUAUUAUGAAGAGCAGAAAAUCACAUCAAUGUCUUACAAUGUGGAUCCUCACAACGUUACUUACAGUUUUGUACAUAAUACUCAGCAGUCGGAGUACAGUACGUUUACAGUGAUAUCGGCACAUAAUUCUGUGGAAAACCUGAUAGAGUUACCGGAGGUUACAUUUGUACAUGUAAAGGGAAAGUUGAUCGGAUUCAACCCGCCUCUCGCUGAUGUACAACUAAACCAUUUGGAUGAUGGCUUGAAGUUUAAGAUAGCUAUGGCUAAACGAUUAGCAGGAAAAAGAGACGUAAACAACAUGUUGGCGCCAGGAACCGUAGACCUAGGGUUUCCAGUUCAAAAAACAAAAGAAAUCACCUCAACUAAAUAUUCGGAUUUAGAUUCGACAACAGCACCAUUUCAUUGCGAUUUAAGUAGUGGUGAUAAAAUAUUCGUAUUUAACUCCAAAGUCUAUAUUGCCCUGAACUCUCAUCCGUUUCAUUUUAAUGUGUUUUAUUGCGAUUUUCAUACGAAGGGGAUUAAUUCUUUGCCGCCUUUACCAACGAUAUUUGACGAAGAUUUCAUCAUAUUACCAGCGUAUUUAACCAAACCAAUUUCUUCUAUCAUGCAAAGGGCAGAAAGUUACUCGGCACUCGAAGCUUGUAAUCCAAAAUGGGCAAUCUCCCGUUGGAAAGGUACUUUCAGACAGGUGAAUGAUUGAUUUGUAUCUAUUCAAACCGGGUGGAAUCUUUGCUCGGAAGACUUUGAGUUUAAGAAACAAAAAUAUUAGAAAACAAUCCAUACCUGAAUUAAAUUUUAAUUAACAAGGAAUAAUUGUAAUUAUCAUCGAGCUCACGUAAAAAUAUUUUCGACACGUCUUAUUCGAAAUUUUUGUAAUAUUUAAAAUUGUCCUUUUUUAAGAACAAAUCUGAGACGGGUCUGUGUACACGAUUAAUCUAUAUUUAAUUUUUAUUUUAAAGAUUUAUUUGUAUUUUAUAAAUAAAAUAUAAACCAUUUAUUUUAAAUGUCGAAAUCUUGAUAUCAUAUGGAGAGCUGAUAUAGCCAGCCCUUCGGUUAUAAAUCUCAGAGCAGAUGGCAAUUAUGUUGACAUUUAGAAACAACGCAUGUUCAUUGCAAUUAUACAAAUCAGAAAACAGUUUUAUUUCAUUUUCUAAGAUUGUUUUCUCUUGAAAAUUAAUAUUCAUGCCAUUUUGUAUAAGCAGCAAAAAAAUGUGAUAAAAGCUGAAUUAUUACUAACUACCAAGGAGGCGAGCUGCCCGAACAAAAUGCUUGGCGCCAUUUCUUCCGGAUUUUUACGUUCUGAGUUCAAAUUUCAUCGAAACUGAUCU